GUUUUCUCAAAACAGGAAGCAAAGGAAGUGCUCAGGGAAAUUUUGGUUUGAUGGAUCUAAUAGCAGGAUUACAUUGGUUGAGGGAAAAUCUCUCAGCUUUUGGUGGUGAUCCUCAACGAAUCACCCUCGUGGGACAUGGAACUGGUGCAGCACUUGUGAACUUUGUUGCUGUAUCUCCUGUAGCCAAAGGUAUGAAAAAAUAUUGGGUCGCAAAAUCCACCACCUAUUCAUCUAAUAGAGAAUAUAUGCCUCCAGUAACACCUUCAAUAUGGAAGACUACCCGCCUUGCAGAUCGUUUCAGUGACGUUUGCCCACAAAAUUUACCCGAUAUCAGUAACCGAUCAGAAGCAUUAUUGGAGUUCCCAAAAAAUCGGUUGCUUUAUUUGGAGAAGAUUUUGCCUCUCCUUGCCAAUCAAAGUGAAGACUGUCUCUACCUCAACCUUUAUGUGCCAAGAACUG